AUGGAUCGCUACCGAGCGGACGCCGCCACACAACGACCGGCGAAUUGGAUUGGUGCGGCAUCGAGCGUCUCUGAAAGGCCCGCCGGCGCCCUGUCUGUCUGUCUGUCUGUCUGUCUGCCUGCCCCUCGCCCGCCCACUGCCGCUGCUCGAGAACUCGAGGUGGCUGAAGGCUUGCGCUGCGCUGCGCUGCGCUGCGCUGCGCUGCUGCCCGCUGACGUCGUCGGCUGCACGGUCCCCUCGCCUGUGUGUGUCUGUGUCUGUGUCUGUGGGUGUGGGUGUGGGUGUGGACGUGGACGUGGGCGUGUUGCUCCUCUCUCCACCCGGCAUCCGCAGCAGCGCACGCAGCUUGAGAGGGGCGCCAGAUACAUGCAGACGCGUUUCGUUUGUGUGGGCGGCGCCUUGUCAAACCCACUUCGAGCUUCCUCUCGGCCACUCGUUCCCCUCUUCUCUCCUCUCCUCCUCUCUUCCCACCCACCUCCCAUCGAUCCUUGGUGCCACGCGCCUUCCACUCCUCCACUCGCUGGUAGCAACGCUUUCGCCUAUCGUGACCGCCCGCUCCAGUGCCUAACUCUCUAG